AUGAAUUUAGUGCGUGAUUAUAUCUCGGAAUCUGAUACUGAAUCAGAUUUAGAUAAACAUCUUGUGGAAGACAAAGUGGCAAACAGGAACAAUGGCUCAUUAAAAAGAAUUAAAAAGAUUACAAAAGCAGAUUCGAAAAGAAGAAAACUACAAAGGAAGGGUAAAGGGCCGUGGGGGUCAUGGUCAAGCAGUGAUGAGGAUUCAAGUGAAGAUGUAGAGGGAAGUAUAAAUGAUUAUAAUAAUGCAUCGCAAUAUAAUUCAAGAGAUAUUGCAGGCUUACAAUUGAUGAAUACCAGUGAAUAUGAUGAUAACGACAAAUCAGAAAAUGCUUAUGUGAGUCUAUCAGAGGGAGAAAAAGAAACGUCCACUCUUUAUGAUACAGAUUAUUCGCAUAAUGGUAAGAAAAAACAACCAUUUUUAUCCCCACUAAAGGAUAUUGAAGUAGAUUUAUAUAAACCAUCAAAGUCAUUCAAAUGUUAUUUACCUAAGAGAAUAAUAUAUACAUUUAAGGGACAUUACGAUGGAUGCAAUACAUUAGAAUUCUUACCUCAAACCGGGCAUUUAUUUCUAUCAGGUGGGAAUGAUAAUAUUAUUAAAUUAUGGAAUUUUUAUGGAGACAGGAAAUGUGUCCAAGAUUAUCUAGGGCAUUCAAAUGCAAUCAAAGCUUUAAAAUUCAUUAACGAUGGCUCUAAAUUUCUUAGUUCAUCAUUUGAUCGAAAUGUUAAAAUAUGGGAUACUGAGACUAGCAAAGUAACAAAAAAACUAAAAUUUCAAAGUUUACCAAAUUCAAUCGAUUCAAGACCCAUGGGUAACGGUGAUGAAUUUAUUGUUGGAUUGUCUAAUUCAAAGAUUAUGCAUUAUGAUCUACGUGUUAGAGAAAAAGAUGGGCUAGUGCAACAAUACGAUCAUCAUUUAGCAGGGAUAUUAGCACUGCGUUAUUUUCCUGAUGGAUCUAAAUUUAUAUCUUCAUCCGAAGAUAAAACAGUACGUAUAUGGGAUAAUCAAAUCAAUAUACCCAUCAAGCAAAUUAGUGAUACCACUCAACAUUCUAUGCCCUUUAUUAAUAUACAUCCUUCAGAAAGAUACUUUUGUGCUCAAAGUAUGGAUAAUUCAAUCUACAGUUAUUCGAUGAAACCUAAAUAUAAACGUCAUUCAAAUAAAGUUUUUAGAGGACAAAAAUCAUCAGGGUUUGGCAUUGGACUAACAUUUUCACCUGAUGGUCAUUAUAUUUGUUCUGGAGAUAUCAGAAGUAGAAUAUUAGUAUGGGAUUGGACCACCACAAAAUUGUUAAAGACAAUAUCUAUUCCUGGGAAAAAGACAAUCACACAAGUUUCAUGGCACCCACAAGAGACCAGUAAGAUAUUAUGUGCAGGAAUAAGUGGUGAAAUAUAUAUGCUAGAUUAA